AUGGGGUUCGUGUCCUUCGCCGGGAGGGUCCUCUUCGCCUCCGUCUUCCUCCUCUCCGCCUACCAGGAGUUCACUGAAUUUGGAACUGAUGGCGGGCCAGCUGCAAAGAAUCUUGCGCCUAAGUUUAACAGUUUCACCAAAAAUAUUUCUGUACACCUCGGAGUUGUGGUGCCUCAUGUAGAGUUGAAGCAUGUGGUUGCUGCUACCAUUGGUCUGAAGGGUCUGGGUGGUCUCCUGUUUAUCGUCAGCAGUUCAUUUGGUGCUUAUCUCCUGGCUCUCUACCUUGCUUUCAUCACGCCCGUCGUCUAUGACUUCUACAACUACGACAUGGAGAAGGCUGAAUUUGUGCAGAUCUUCAUGAAGUUCACACAGAACCUGGCGCUGUUUGGAGCCCUUCUCUUCUUCCUGGGCAUGAAGAACUCGGUCCCCAAGAGGCAGGCCAAGAAGAAGGCCCCCAAGUCCAAGACAACUUAG